AUGUUAUUUGUAACGGACAAACCCGUUUCCAUGAAUGAAUGGAAGGAAAUUCAACGUGCUGAUGUAGAGAAAGUUUACGCACGCAAAAGUUCAAGCGAAGAUGUCGAAAUUUUGAGGCAAAGUAUGGAAACCAACCAGGCGCGUUGUGAAGUGGCAAAACAACAGAACGCUCCAGUACAGGUCAAGGGCGGCAGGAUCCGUCGCCAUUCUUCGUACGAGCCGAAUCUCGAUGAUAUUUUAGAGGAAGACGUCGAUGGUAACGGAAGAGAGCAUAACCGAGACCUUGCCGAGAUACAUCGCGAGCGAGCUCGUAACUCAGGGGUGCUGAAGAAAGAUCGAGAGGGACGAACCUGGCGAAAAAGACACUUUGUUAACAACAAUUAUACAAGACCGAGAUCGUACACAGCUUAA